AUCUCUGUCUCUCUUCUCUUCCCCCCCCCCCCGGGCCAUUCCGGGAACCUGCUGCCUUGCUAACCGGUUAGUGCAGACACGCCUUAAGGAAGCAGCGAGAGAAAGAAGCAGCGAGUGAGCCGGUUGGCUGGGCCUUAUCUCCGCUCAGUCGCAAGACGUCGUCGCGGGUUCCUUGGCUCAGGGAGGAGGAAAAGACGCGCUUUCCGUUGCCGGCAGAAAAAGAGAGCGGGGUGGGGGAAGAAUCAUGGGGACUAACUAGGAGGUGGCAGGCUGAAACGAAGCAAGCCUAGGCGGUAAGAGACUCCUCGGAAAGCAACACCGGGGUGGCUGAGCUUCGGAGGAACAGGGUCUCGGCUGGGAAAUUCAGGAUCUUUUCCAUACCAUCUUAGUGGAAGUGAUGACUGUGGCAUGUUUCUGGCCUUCUGCCGACCUGUCUGCGGUUCACACAGCUUCCAUUUCCUAGAGGUGAUGGUCCACAUAGCUUCUGGCAAGUUCUUCAGUUAGACAUGCUGGUAGUCUGCAGGGAGGCUGAAGACCCUCUGGAGAUUUAAAAAAUGGCAUUUCGGAAGGCAGUGAAAGGGACUAUCCUUGUUGGAGGAGGUGCUGUAGCAACUGUGUUUGGCCUCUCACAAAUUUCUCAGUAUAGAAAAAAGCAUGGUAAUCUAGCAUCUGUUGAAGCUUCGGAAUGUAAGCCCUUACAUAUGCACAGCACCCUUCCCUCCAGAGAAAGUCAGCUCCAGGCCCUGCGAGACACCUGUGAAUUUGACAUUCUUAUCAUAGGUGGAGGUGCUACAGGAAGUGGUUGUGCUUUAGAUGCUGUUACAAGAGGCCUAAAAACAGCCCUUGUAGAAAGAGAUGAUUUCUCAUCGGGGGCCAGCAGCAGAAGCACUAAAUUGAUCCAUGGCGGAGUGAGAUAUCUUCAGAAGGCCAUCAUGAAGUUGGAUUUUGACCAGUACAGAAUGGUGAAAGAAGCCCUCUAUGAACGUGCCAACCUGCUUGAAAUUGCACCUCAUUUAUCUGCUCCUCUGCCUAUCAUGCUUCCUGUUUACAAGUGGUGGCAGCUGCCGUACUACUGGGUGGGAAUUAAACUCUAUGACCUUGUAGCAGGAAGCCAGUGUCUGAAAAGCAGCUAUGUACUUAGCAAAUCCAAAGCCCUGGAACUCUUUCCUAUGUUGCAGAAGGACAAACUUGUAGGUGCCAUUGUCUACUAUGAUGGACAACACAACGAUGCGCGGAUGAACCUUGCCAUUGCCCUCACUGCUGCCAGGUAUGGGGCUGCCACAGCCAAUUACACUGAAGUGGUGCAUUUGCUGAAGAAGACAGAUCCAAACAGUGGGACGAGCCGUGUUUCCGGAGCAAGGUGCAGGGAUGUUCUCACAGGGCAGGAAUUUGAUGUCAAAGCCAAAUGUGUUAUCAAUGCCACAGGACCUUUCACAGACUCCGUGCGGAAAAUGGAUGAGCAGGAAGUACCAAACAUCUGUCAGCCAAGUGCAGGCGUUCAUAUUGUGAUGCCUGGCUAUUACAGCCCUGAUAAUAUGGGACUGCUUGACCCAUCCACUAGUGAUGGACGAGUGAUUUUUUUCUUGCCAUGGCAAAAGAUGACCAUUGCUGGUACCACGGAUACUGCAACUGAAGUCACAAAUCACCCAAUUCCCACAGAAGAAGAUAUCAAUUUCAUUUUGACGGAAGUGCGCAACUAUCUUAGUUGUGAUGUUGAAGUGAGGAGAGGAGAUGUUUUGGCAGCAUGGAGUGGUAUUCGUCCCCUUGUAACAGACCCCAGUUCUAAAGACACCCAGUCUAUAUCUCGGAAUCAUGUGGUGCAUGUUAGCGACAGCGGCCUUGUGACUAUAGCAGGUGGGAAAUGGACAACCUAUCGCUCAAUGGCACAAGAUACCAUUGAUGCUGCGGUACAAGCUCAUGGUCUUCAGGCAGGUCCAUGUAAGACAGUAGGUCUCCUCUUACAAGGUGCUGAGGGUUGGAGCCGUACCCUUUAUAUUCGACUAGUUCAAGAUUAUGGACUUGAAAGUGAGGUGGCUCAACAUCUCGCAAAUACAUUUGGGGACAAGGCUUUUGAAGUGGCAAAGUUAGCCCAGGUGACAGGGAAGAGGUGGCCUAUUGUUGGAAAGCGCCUUGUUUCGGAGUUUCCUUACAUCGAAUCUGAGAUUGAGUACGCAAUUCAAGAGUAUGCCUGCACUGCAGUGGAUGUGAUUUCUCGUCGCACACGCCUGGCCUUUCUGAAUGUGCAGGCGGCUGAUGAAGCCUUACCAAGAAUUGUUGAGAUAAUGGGGAAGAAGCUGAAAUGGAGCGAACAGAAGAAAAAGGAGGAGCUUGCAGAGGCGAAGAAGUUCUUGUACUACGAAAUGGGUUACAAGGCACGGUCAGAGCAACUGACGGAUCGUAGUGAAAUUACUUUGUCCCCAGCAGAUAUUGAGAGAUAUAAUAAGAGAUUCCACAUGUUUGAUAAAGAAGGCAAAGGCUUUAUUACCAUAUUGGAUGUGCAGCGUGUGUUAGAGGGCAUCAACUUUCAAAUUAAUGAAAGUGCACUCCAUGAGAUUUUGAAUGAAGUGGAUUUGAAUAAAAAUGGGCAGGUUGAACUCAAUGAGUUUCUGCAGCUCAUGACUGCUAUCCAGAAAGGAUAUGUCUCUGGAAGCCGACUAGCUGUGCUUAUGAAGGCUGCUGAAGAGAACAUUCACCAGCGCGAUGUGAUUUCAGUGGAUCGGAGUGGCGGUGGACUGUGAGGUUUGGGUGCUCCCAGCGCAAAAUGGUGGAUACCGCAUAGCUGCCUCUUUGUCAAUGCUGAAAAACAUUCCAGUGCUUUCAGAUGUCUCUGUUUCCUCUAAUUGAUCUGUCUGGCAUUGAGCAACUGUACAGAAAAACACUGUUGCAGUUCUCACUCCCCCCCUGCAAAAAAAUCUAAGUUCGCUGUGAGGGUUCUAUUACUAUUUUGACUUUUGGCCUCCUUAACUGGGUAUAUGUUUCUGCUCUUCGUGGAAUCAGUGGUGGACAAGCAUUUGGAGUAAAGGACUAUGGCCCAGAUGCUUUUUCUGGGUUACUCCCAAGGGAUCUUCAUUGCAUCUUGGCUGCCCUUGGGGGCCAUGGUGGGAGAUCUGGGUGCAGUUUCACUCUGUCAUGUGAUCUGGAGCAAGAAUGAUUAUUUUCUACAUCUGUAAGGUUGCCACCUCCUCUCUUCUCCCAUCUUGCUGCAUUGAUUUGGCAGAAGUGGAAGGUGCCAGCAUGCCUCUAGUGUCUUACACAUCACCUUGUUUAUUCAACCUCUGGAUUACUUUUUUUUCCUUUAGGAGAAAUGUGUUGUGCUAAAUAUUCAUCUUGUUGCCUAGAACUUUGGGGGUGAUGGUAUAUUUUGUUAUUGGAAAGCUAUUAAAACAUACAUGUCAUUUUUUUCUUUAAAAAAA